AUGGACGAGCAGGAGCAUGACAUUAUUGUUCAUUUUAACAACUCUAUUUUCACCAUUAAUAGGGUCGACCCUGAUAGUUAUUGUUGUAUGGAUAUGGUAACAGAUGUUGCAGAAGUUACCAAUGUUUUUAUGGGUGAUAGUUUAUCGAAGGUAAUGAUUGCUAUUACAGUUGAUAGGCCAAAUGGUAAUGGAAAACUUGGGAGAGUCCCACCUCCUCCAAAUGUAGGAAUAGGUGAAGAGCCUAAUGUUGAUGACAAUGAACGUAAUGUUAAAAAUGAUGAUAGGGAUGCAAAUAGGCAUGAAGUUGAUUAUGUAAAUGGGGAUAAACAUACGGGUGCUGUUGAGGGUGAUGAUGCCCCUAAUGUUAGUUAUGAGUACAAUGAUGAUACCAUCAACACACAGUUAGAUGAAAACAGUGACGAUGGGUUUUUGGAUUAUCAAUCAGGGGAUGAAGGAUAUGUUAGUAGUACAGAUUUUGAGGAAAUUGAAGCUAAAGUGGAUGAAACACAUAGAAGGGGUAGGAAAAGAAAGUGCAAUGUCGGUGAUACUUCAAGAUUUGGAGUGGAGUUUAAUGUUCCUGAAGAUUGA